AUGAUUUUGAACACGAAGGUCUGGUGGGCAGUCUCGCACCUCGACCCUUUUACCAAGUCGCUGGACGAGUCGCAGCGCAAGACUCUCCGGGCGCGCUUCCACAACAGUAAGCGCUACGGGAAACGGUGGAUGCAUGUGCUCCUCACGGAGAAGCUGGGCCGGGGUAUCCUGCUGCUUUGCUCGCCAAAGCUGGCCAAGAUGGUCUCGCUCACGGAUUGUGCAUCCGUUCAGCCUUCUCCGCCAAAGUCGUUCUCUAAUGGAGUCAGACUGGAGACAGAAAAGGACAAUGCGGUUGUUGUGGUUCAGACACCUCGGGAAGCGUACAAGUCUCCUUCGGCCGCACGGCAGGCCGUAGAAGCAAGGAAUAUAGCCACAACAAACCAUGCCAUUGAGCAAAUUGGAUUCGGCAGAUACCAAUGGCAGCUCUUUAUGACGUGUGGUUUUGGUUUCGUCAUGGAUCAGUUAAUCAUCGUCUCCUUGGCCUUGACGCAGCCUCAAGUUGUCAAGCAAUGGCACGUCAAGUAUCCCGCCAUGAUUAUUUGCGCCGUCUACGUAGGCGCGCUGCUGGGUUCCAUUCUGUGCGGCUUCUCCGUGGACAUUAUUGGCCGCAGGCUGGUUUGGCAAGUUUCACUUAUAUUUGUGUCGAUUUGGACCCUUGACUGUGCUGCGUCCCCCAAUUUCGCUGUACUGGCCGUCUUUGUAGGGCUGCAGGCAGGAGGUGGAGGUGGAAACUUUGCCAUUGAUCUCACUGUUUUCAUCGAGGCGCUUCCCAAAUCCAAGGACUAUAUUCUAGCUGCAAUCCCACUUUGGUGGAUAUGGCCACUUACUGUAAACUUCUCCUGUCCUCAGGAUAGCACCCCGGAAACUUGUCACAGCUCUCAAAACAUGGGUUGGCGGUACCAGUACAUUGCCAUUGGAGCGCUUUCGUUCAUCAUGGCCUCGGUUCGCAUCUUCCUCCUCAAGAUGGAAGAGUCGCCCAAAUGGCUCAUCUCGCAGGGCCGUUUCGACGACGCCAUGACUUCACUGUCACGGAUGGCCCAUGUCAAUAAACGUGCCACAACCAUCACGGCUGGUGAUUUCGAACCAGUCGUCCAUCUUCCAGCCCGUGGCAAGAAGUGCACGCUCUUCAGCUCUCUGCACGUGAAGGGAUUGUUUAUAAACAAGAUGCAGAGUUACUCUACUGUAACCAUUAUAUUCUUGUGGAUCUGCAUUGGCGUAGCUUAUCCCGUUUUCGUGCUGUACCUCCCAGCCUAUCUCCAGCACAACGGCACCAAUUUUGGAAACGGCAGCAUUGCUCAGACGUAUCGCGACUACGUCAUCUCAGCAACAGUCGGCAUCUUCGGCCCCAUCUUCGCAACGUAUCUUGUCAAUGUGCCAUUUCUUGGUCGCCGCCGCUCCAUGGCAUUGACGGCUCUUUGCGCGGCCGCGUUUUGUGGCGGCUUUACCGCUGUUCGCACCGAGGCUGCCAAUAUCGCCUUCUCGAGCAUGAUUAGUUUCUGGCAAAGCGCCUUUUGCGGCAUCCUCUAUGCGUGGGUCAACCGCCUCUCUUUUCUCCUCGCCUGUAACUGCUGCUGGAUUGAUAAACGAUGA